UAAUGAAACUUGGCACAAAAAAGAAAGUUUUAUCAAUUUUUACACAAGUAGUAAUUAUUGACCUCUAAUCUGAAUUGCUGACAGUAAAAAUAGUUUAUAUAAUUCUGUCAAGUACUAUUCAAUAUUUUUUAAAAGUAAAAGUAUAAAGUCAAGUAAAAUUGCACUUUUUCGGUCUUUAUCUGGAAAAACCUGACCUGAAACUUGAUCCUAAUUCAAUUUAUCCAGUAUCAAUAGUAGUAUUGAGUGUUUUUUGGUUAUAAUUAUCAAUUUAGGCGAUUCGUAUCCACUUUUCAGGUCAUUUUAGAAGGUUUUUAGCUGCUUGGGACGAUUGCAGCCCUUCUUCCAGUGACUUCCUUCACUUUCACGCUUAAGUCGGCUUAAAAGUCGAUGUUUUUCUCUUAACUACCUCUAAGUCGUCAAAAUGGCGUCAAGCCGCGACGGUCGCAGUAGUUCCGCAUCGUCACACAGUAGUUCGAAUGUACCAACAAAUCGCUCAUCGAUUCGUACCCCCAAACGUCAGCGUUCGACCGCCGGGGGAGGCUCCUUCGAGGAGAAAACUACUGAUUUCUCAUGUCCUGUAUGUUUCAACCUGAUCGAGGAGGCAUAUAUCACAAAAUGUGGCCAUACGUUCUGCUACACCUGCAUUAUAAAAUCGAUCGAAGCCUUGAAACGGUGCCCCAAAUGCAACGCACCGGUGACCGGCGAAGACAUGAUCUUUCCGAAUUUCCUUCUGAACGAUCUGAUCAAAAAACACAAGACUCGGUUAAACAACUUUGAGGCUUUGGGGCUGAAUCGGGACAGUUCGGGCGAAUUCGGCCCGUCGGCUGAUGGUUUGAGGGAUUUCGUCGCAACGGAAUCUCAAAAUUUGACUCUGCCGGAUGUCAAUGUGAUGUUGGAGGUGUUGACACAGAGGAAACAGUUGCUGGAAGCGGAGUCAUGUGCCGCUCAAAAUCGACUUUUGUUGGAGUUUUUGAAACAUUUGCUUAAACAGAAGAAGGAGAGACAAGCGCAGAUUAUUAAGGAGAUUGCGAUUAUCGAACAUGAUAUCGAGGAGGUUUAUAAUAAGUUGAAAGAGGUUCAUAGUAAGUGUCCCACUUUGGAGGAUGUGGAACGGACGGUGGCUUCAGCGGCGGAAAAUGCCGAUGUUAGUGCAAUGAAGAAGGAAAUGAUCGAUUUGAUUGACACUAUAGGGAGUUCCACUGGUCGCAAAGAUGAAACAAAUCCCGACGCACCGCUUCGGUUAGGUUCAACUUCACUCGCGAUGCGUAGGCGCAGAAUGCACGCCCAUUUUGAUGAUUUCGUCGAUUGUUACUUUACAUCACGGUCCAAAGACUUGUUCUUCGGCAAAGACGGAGUUGAUAAGACUAAAACUACCAUAAAUACGGGUCUCGAUGAAUUCCGGGAGAAUUUGAUAAAAUUCUCGCGGUAUAACUCGUUGCGAGUCCUUGCAACGCUAAAUUAUUCGAGCGACUUGUUCAACAAUUCGACCAUAGUUUCGAGUAUAGAAUUCGACAAAGAUAACGAGUUUUUGGCGAUUGCCGGAGUGACUAAAAAAAUCAAGGUUUUUGAUUAUGGAGCUGUCAUCAAGGAUACAGUCGAUAUUCAUUAUCCUUGCAUCGAAAUGUUAUCUAAAUCGAAAAUUUCUUGCGUGAGUUGGAACACGUAUCAUAAGAGUAUUCUUGCAAGUAGUGAUUACGAAGGGACUGUUACGAUUUGGGACGCUUCAACCGGUCAACGUACUAAGACUUAUCAAGAGCACGAGAAACGUUGCUGGAGUGUUGAUUUUAAUGAAGUCGAUACUCGGUUAAUCGCCUCGGGUUCGGAUGACGCGCGCGUCAAGUUGUACUCGCUCAACGGUGAGCACUCGAUUGCGACGCUCGAAGCCAAAGCGAACGUUUGUUGUGUUAAAUUCAAUCCGAGAAGUUCUUGUCAUUUAGCGUUCGGUAGCGCAGAUCAUUGUGUUCAUUACUACGACUUGAGGAACAUGAAAGAGGCAGUGGCGGUCUUUAAGGGUCACAAAAAGGCAGUGAGUUAUGUGAAGUUUCUCAAUAGUGAGGAUAUCGUAUCGGCGUCGACCGAUUCGCAGUUAAAAUUGUGGAAUGUUAAUACUCCCUAUUGCCUUCGGUCGUUUGUGGGGCACAUUAAUGAGAAGAAUUUUAUCGGAUUGGCGACAGAUGGCGAUUAUGUCGCUUGCGGCUCGGAAAAUAACGCUAUGUAUAUUUAUUACAAAGGCUUGAGUAAAAAGCUGUUUAGUUAUAAGUUUGAAGCGAUCCAAGGGGUGUUGGAUCAGGAAAGGCGGGAGGAUGAUAUGAAUGAGUUUGUUUCGGCAGUUUGUUGGAAACAGAAUUCAAAUGUUGUCGUUGCGGCAAAUAGCCAAGGGAUUAUUAAUAUUUUGGAAUUGGUUUAGGCGAUAGAAUAGUAUGGCAUUAGGACAAUCAGCAGUUUUGGCAUAUCCCGGAUUUUAAUUUUUGUUACAGGAUGUGCAAAAGAAAAAAAUCGAAUUUAGCAACAAAAACCAUAACAGUUGGUUGGUGAACUAUUUUAUUUUUAAUAUACAGGGUAGGGUGGAAAUAUUUGCCAAUGAGCGGCGAUAAUUAUUUAUUUAAUAUUUAUAAUUAUCUUAAAGUUAUAUAACGUAAUUUUUAAGAAUAAAUUAAUAGAAAAUAUAAGGUUUACCUAUUUCACUCUCUUCAAUUGGAAACUUAAUUCAGCUUUUUUGUUUUUUCUAGAAUUUUGCUUGAAAACAUAUUUAUAAUUUGGACUGCAUAAUGAAAAUUGAAAAAAAUGGCACUCCUAAGAGUUAAAGUAAAAAACUUUGCUUUAUGAAAGAACUUGAAAGUUAAGAACAUAAACAUAGUAGAACUGUUUUUAUAAUGUUAUUAGGUUUUUUAUUUUUGAAUCGGUUUUUCCUAAUUUUGUUGUUUUAAUUUAUCAAAAAUAGAAGUUGUUUAACAAAAAGUCAAUGAUCACCACUGCUGCUUUACUAUUUUAAUGUUUUAUUUGAACUGAACUAAACUUACAAAUCUAGAGAAUAGAAAUGUUGGGGGCGUUUUUUUUUAUAAUAUGUUAUGCAAAGUUAUCAGUAAAUAUUUCCGUUACUACUCGUAUAUUGUAUAAGUACCGUGCUUUCAAUUAAAUUUCUAAUUACAGUGAUCAGAACUUUAAUUGAAUGCACGGUACUUUAGUCCAAAAGCAUAUUGGUGUCAACGCGUCAUUUUUUAAUAAUUACAAUGUUAAUAAUAAUAGAACUAUUUUAUUAAAGAAAUUGAGGGAAAAAAUUAACGGGAAACACUAAUUAUUAUUAUACUUAAAGAAAAAGAAAACUAUUUAUAUUUGUCUAAUGCUUCGCCUCUCAUCACUUAUAACGUUUUUCUUUAAUUUUUUUUUUAUUUUUUUAAAUCCUGAUUUUCCUCAUUAAUUCAAUCUAUGACCUGUGUUUUAUCUAUUUCAUAUUUUUGUCAAUGAAACAUUAAUGAAAGGUCAAACUUUUAAAGUCAGUGGAAAAAAUCGUGUAUAAGUGAUGAGGCCGGAAAUGGGAUUGAAGUGUUCCCUUUUAGUGAGUGCCCUUGUUUCGUAGUGCCGCUCUUAAAUAUCAUUCUCCCAACUGACAAGUCUCCACCUCAUAAAUGCCCAAGUGUGCCAAAUUUCAGAGUUACAUACGCACAAUUUAGCUAUUAGUAUAUGAUACGUGUGAGACAAAACCAGUCGUAGUUCGAUGUACACAAGACUUCACAAGUAUAAAACCAAAAAAAAAAAAUAUUGCUCAUUAAAUUAGCGUAAGUAUUUUUAGCAAUAUAUGUGCCAAUUUUGUGUUGUAAUCAUGUUAUUCUUAGUGUGUAGUCUGGCCCACUAGUGACUUGGUUAAGGAAAAAAGGCAGUUGUUACUAUGUUUUGUUCCAUAGUAUGUGUUGCUCUUGUUUACUUCGAAUGUUGAAUUGAAGAGUAUACACCCAAAUAUUUUUUGUAGAAUUUUUUCGAGCUUCAAAGUAAUAAAAAAUAUAAGUUUGGAGUAUUUUGUGUAUAUAUGUGCAUAGAAAAAAAGAAUAUAAUGUAAAAAACCGGCAUUUUACUGCCUGAAAAAACCCUUUUUAUAUUUUUUAAAAUGAACUAAAAUGUGAUUGAAUUUCUUCAUUUAAUUUGCGGUAAUUGUAUUGCACUAUAUUUAUAUGUGUCGUCUGGAGAGUCAAUGUUCAUUGUGAUCAUAUAGAUUUCACGAUAUAGUCUUUCUCUAUAAAUAAAUUGUUAAAUUAAUUUGUGAUCCAUUUAGAUAAAUGUUUUUAUUGUUGUAAGUAGUUGUAUAAUAGCAAUAAAGUUUCUUAUUGCCUAAAAAA